AUUGUGUCGUCUGUUAACUGCAUCGAAAUGUCGAUACCGUUCCGUGUAAUCGUUUGUUGCAUUUUGUAUUCGUCUCUGGUGAACAGUGCACGAAUAUUGGCCGUCUUCUCGAAUCCAUCGUACAGUCACCACCAAGUCUUUAAAAGGUUAAUUGACGCUUUGCUCGAUAAUGGUCACGAAAUUGUCGUCAUUACCGCAUGUCCAGCAUACCCUAAAGAAACACCAACAAACCUCACUCAGAUCGACGUACAGGAUAUAUCACUCAAAAUAUGGACGGAAGAAAUGUCAAAAACAAUAGAAGCGACCGAAAACAAUUUCCUCGAGUUGGUAAGUGAAACGUUGAAGUUGUUCGUGAAACUAAGUGAGAAGCAAUUCCAAACAGACCAAGUGUUGAAAGUAAUUGAGGAUAAAAAUAACAAAUUUGACUUGAUAGUGACUGAAUCGUUGAUGAAAAUGAAUUUGAUGAUAUCGGAUAUGUACAAGUUGCCAGUGAUUGAGAUCAAUUCAUUUGGACCUGUGUACGCCGAUAUAGAUAACAUGGGAUCUCCGGUACAACCACUCCUAUAUCCUCAAACUAUGAGAAAGCGACUUGCAAAUCUUACGUUCUUUGAAGAAAUAACAGAAUUAUACGCAGAUAUUUAUAUGCAAAGGUUACUCUUUAAUCAGUUAUAUGCAGACUCGAAUAAAGCAAUGAAAAACACAUUGUUCAAGUCAGCGCCUGGUGUAGAAAUCUUACAGGACAAUGUGCAUUUGUUAUAUAUGAACACCCAUCCUGUUUGGGACGCUAUCCGACCAGUGCCGCUUUCUGUGAUUUAUACAUAUGGGAUACAUCAGAAACCGCAGAAGGAACUUCCCAAGGAUCUGUCAUCAUACAUGAACGCCUCAGUCAAUGGAGUCGUAUACGUAUCAUUUGGUACAACAGCAAACAAAUGCCAGUAUUCAACAAAAGUACAGACACUGCUCAGUGCGUUCUCACGGCUACCGUACGAUGUCCUCUUCAAGUGGCACGAGGAUGAGCUGCCUGGGAAGCCAGAUAACGUAAAAAUAUCUCAAUGGUUUCCACAGGCGGAUCUUUUGAAACAUCCCAAAGUGAAGGUGUUUAUAACGCAGUGUGGCAUACAAUCAACCGAUGAGGCGAUCGAUGCAGGCGUACCUCUAAUUGGAGUACCUUUAAUUUGGGACCAGUGGGCGAACGCUGAAAGAUAUAUUAUACAUGGAAUUGGAGUCAAACUUGAUAUAAAAGAUAUAACUGAGCAACAGAUAGUGAACGCUGUGAAUACUGUUGUUACAGACAACAGCUACCGUACUAAUAUGAUAAAACUUCGGACACUACUGAUGGACUCGCCGCAGCGUCCGUCUGAGCGAGUGGUCCGCUGGACACAGUACAUGUUGAGACAUGGCGGGGCACGACACCUGCGCGCGCCCGCCGCCAACAUGUCCCAUGCUGAAUUCUUCGAAAUAGAACUAUUCCUAAUCAUAUUCCUCUUUAGUACUAUAUUUCUUCUCUAUUUCUAUAUUCUAUCUAUAAAAUAUAUAAAACCAUCUUUCGAUUUCACUCUCAAUUGGUUGAAAACUAAAAUUAUAAACAGUACUGAAAUGUCUAAAAAAUUCGCCAAUCGUCCUUUGAGAUCCAGAAUAAAUCGCAUAAAUAUUCAACGUUCUUGA